ACCAGAAGACCUCCAACUUCUAUGUUCACAUGAUAUCUACACCAGCAUCCAACGAACAAACAGUAUACAGUCAUGGAGCACUAUGGACCCCAUAUGCGCUCGCAAUUCGAGGGCUUUUACUCCAAAUUCGAUUUGGAGAGUGGUGCCCACAUUGCCCUCAUAAUUUGCUCUGUGCCCAAAGCCAGGACCCGUCCACAUAUGGUAUCCUUCACGUACUACCCCAAGUCCGGAACUCCUAUAUUCCAGCGCGAGGAGUUUGUAGAGACUAUCCAACGGAAUGUUACGGACUCAAAAACAAAUGCCUUCGAACUAAGAGUGCCAGGGAUGGGUUACAUGGCCUGCCAUGGCAAUGGCACGGUGUCUUGGAGACUGAAUGCGCCGGAAUGGAGUUUCGAGGCCGAUAGCACCGCAGUGACACAAUGGCGAACCGAUAAGAACACGCCGGAAGGCUGGAUAAUCAACCUCCCGCUGCCGCUGCACUGGCACGUACAUAGUACCUGCUCGCCGUGCACGUUUACGCUAAACAUUCCUCCUCUCGGUCGAUCCCAUCCUGAGGUCGACCGCAAGGGUCACGCCAAUGUGCACCUGGAGAAGAACUGGGCAAACAGCUUCCCAGAGGCGCACAUGUGGGUGCAAGCCUUCGACGCGGAAGACAGGAAGGGCGUGUGUCUGGCGGGCGGCAAGAUCAUUGGACAGACGGCUUAUAUGCUUGGGUAUCGAUCGAAAGACCUCGAAUUAGACUUUGUGCCGCCGUUCUCGGUGUCAUACCUCAACAUGUCGUUCUUGAGCCCAUUCAUGAGCGUGGAUAUCGACUGGGAGACUCGGUCCUUCAGCAUCUCUGUAUCGAACUACGUCCACAAGUUAGAACUGAAGGUGCAGGCACCGAAAGAGCCUGGCUGGUUUGGCCUCGCGAGUCCAUUCCCAGAUGGCCACCGAGCGAACUUCUGUCGGGAAAGCUUCAUCGCAACUAUAGAUGUUAAGAUCUACGAAAGCGAGGGCUGGAUGCCCUGGCACGGGUGGAAACUCAUCAAGCAAGACAAGUUCGAAAACGCAAGUCUAGAAUUCGCGGGCGGUUAUUAUCCAGAGAGAGGUGAGCCGAAGACAGAGUAG